GCUAUUGAGCAAACUUUUAGUUUUUGACGAAUUUAAAUUAUAAACAAGCAAUCUCCGUCUAAAAAAUUUAAUCGUUCAGAAAAUGAGCGAAGAAUUUGGAAAAUCCGGUCUCUACAUUGACGAUCUGUACACGCUACGGGUGAUCGAUCCAGAGGUGGCAAAUGAAACUAACGACCUGAAGGAUGAAUGCGAGAAAUUCACGGAAAAGCUCGGCGAGUUCCGCGGCAUCAUCGAGCGGUUCGCCGGCAUCGUCGAGGGCUUCGCCGCCGAAGUGGACCAGGAAAAGAUGCGCGCCGUCGGCGUGCAGAACCUGCUCAAGACGUUCUCGAAGCAGCGCGAGUCCGAGCAGCAGCAGAUUCAGAGCGAAAUUAUCGAGAAAAUGGUCGAGCUGGACAAGCUGAAGAUCGAGUAUCAGUAUCUGCAGCGGAUCGAGUCCGAGCAGCAGGAGGUUGUGGACAAUUUCUACCAGAAUCAGUAGGAGAAUAAAGAGUUGGUUGAAAUUUA